GAAGGCCGUUAGUGCCGUUAGUGGACAAACAAACUCCUUAGAGGUCUAAGGAAUGGUCUUCUGGUGCACCAGGCUCUUUGGUCAGCAUGUGAGUCUGAUACGGCUCUCCAUCGUACUCAAACAAUAACAAACAAAUGAACGUCUAAUACAGAAAUUAAACAUGCAUAUAUAGAAAGGUGGGGAAAAAUAGUUUCAGAUGUAUACCCUGGCGUUCUUAAUAAGUGCACCUGAUGAGAAUGUCCUCACUGGAGGAGGACACGCCUCCUGGACCCAGAAGGCUAGACGUACACGUUUCUCAGGGCAGGUCGGCUCCUCACUCGAGUUCUCAUUUACACUCGAAGCAGACCAUGUCCAGAGCGGAGGGCUUCAGGGAGGCCAACCUUCGCUCGCUGCUGCGCGAGCUGCGUACCGAUAUCGCGAUGGCUGUGGAUGACCCCUUCCCUAUCGUGUACGGUUUAGCAGACAAAAGCAUCAUCACUGAACAACAGCUGCAGGAUACUCUUAAGAAGGAAGGUAGUGAGGGGAUUCACAAAGCCAUGUACUCUCUCCUGUCCUGGUUGCUGGAGCAGAGCAAAUCAACUCUGCAGGCCUUCUGGAGCAACUUAUCCAAAGACUACAACAUGGACAGCUACCCGAAGUUAAGGACGCUCCUCGCCAACCUGAACACAAGACGGGACGCUCCAAAGUCCAAAGCUGAAAGCGUAUCCACGGGGGGAGUCAAAACUAAUCACAGCAAGAAGAGGAGCCAUGAGGAGAGGGGGACAAGCUUUCAGCGUUCAGAGUAUCAUGCCAAGACAAGUGAUGGAACAGUGAGUAAAGUCAAGCUGUACAGAGUGAAGAGUGAAGCUCGAGCACUGCAGCUGCCGUCUGGAAACAGUCUGCAGGUGGUAUCUUCCUCUGUUCAGAGAGGGGUAGCCCUGUCCUCUUCUUCAUCCUCCUCAUCCUCCGACCUGCCUUUCAGCCAGGAUAGAAAAGAAAACAUACAAAUCAAACAGGAGUACACUGCAGUGGACGGGCCGAUCAGAAAGUGCAUUAAAGGCGCUGAAGGUUUUCGCUCGUAUAGUUUGGCAGAGAAGUCCAGUGAAGAGAAGUCCAAGUCUACGAGUGCCAAGUUUAUCCACCAGGGGGAGACAAACACAAUCAUAAUUCACUCUAAUGAUGAUGAGUGUGCGGUGUGUAAGGAUGGAGGGGAGUUGAUUUGCUGUGACGGCUGUCCACGAGCCUUUCAUCUGACCUGCCUCAACCCCCCACUCACUUCAAUACCCAGUGGCUCUUGGCAGUGUGAGUGCUGCUAUGGGCUUAGAGUAAAAAAAGAAAGUGAACUACAGCCUGCACAGGUUCUCCCCUCUCAGCCACAGCAAACUAGCAUAAACCCCCAGAACUCCAUCUCGGACACCUCGUUCUGCCCGGCUUUGUCGUCCUCUCUCACAAGUGCCAAAGCCUCUAUCAAAGCGUCCAAUGGCAAAAACCAGUCCUCAGGUGGCGAGCUGGUCGCCGUGAGGGAGGUGUGUGGUGUUUGUUACCUUGGAGGGGGAGACCUGACUCCAUGCCUUCAGUGUUUAAAGUAUUUCCACACACACUGCCACUUCUCCAAAGGGAGAUCCAUCUGCUUGUCCUGUUCCAGACAGUGGGGCAGCGCUGCGGAGAAAGAGACCGAGCCCAGAGGCAUGCAGCUUGCACCAACAGUCCAGAGCUCAUUCAGUCAAGAUCAGAGCGCUUCCUUCUCUGAGCCCGUCAUCAAUAAGGACGAACUGGACUCCCUCCUGGGAGAUCAGAGCUCCAUUGACGGCCUGCUGCAGUGGGCCUUCCACAACAUCUCCAGGCCUCUUCCAGACCCUCAGAGUUGCUACAAGUGAAGGAUAUUUAUGCACUCGGCGUUAUAAAACAAAAAUUGUAAAUUAACCCCUGGGUAACUGAAAUGAGAUUCUCUCUCCUUCUUUAAUUUAGAAAUAAAGGUUAAUUGUUGAUUUUCUGAAUGGUGAUGUUGUUUUAAAUUAUUUCAUAAAAUUUGC